AGGAGAGGAGGAGGAGGACAAAAAAGAGGAGGAGGAGGAGGAGGAGAGCGCAGAGGUGCAAGCAAGCGUUGAUCCAGACCUUCUGGAGCCUCUGGGGGGGACACACAGAGUCACUGGGCCUCCUGGGGCAGGACAAUGGGUAGAGGCUGGUGUGGCCAUGGGCAGCGUUGAGGAGCCGGAGAGCCUGCAGCUGCGCAGACCGGACCCCGUCCCCGAGGAGGCCGCUCGCCUGCCGGGAUUGGCUGCCUCCCGCCGCCGGACGGACGGGAGCUGCGGGGCCCGCGACCGGGCCAUGAGGAACUGCUGUGGGGAGGAGCCGGCUGUCCUGGGCACAGGAUCCGCCAAGGGGUCGAGCGAGAAACCCGGGGAGAAGGCCCCUGGCCGGGGGGCAGGGAUGGCCACUGCUAGGGCGAUACCAGGGGAGCCGGAGAACCCCGGGAGCCAGUCGGGGCUCAGUGGGAGUCCCCAGGGGGCCCCGGGCUCAGCCAACAGGGAGGAAGGGGUGGAGGAAGCUGCCUCGGGGCCUUCUAGGAAGACACGUCUAGAGUCCUCAGGGACCCGGGAAACCCCCUCCCUGGUGGAAACAGAGCCCACAUCUCCAACAAAGCCUAGUGCCACUGUUUCUGGCAAGGUGGAAGCGCUGAGCUCUGGGAAGCAGGAUUCAGUGGCCCCGGGGGAGCAGGAGACUGCAGCCACUGGGAAGCUGGAGACCGCGGCCUCCGGGAAACUGGAGACCGAAGCCUCUGGGAAGCUGGAGGCUGUGGCCCCUGGGAAGCUGGAAUCUGUGGCCUCCGGGAAGCUGGAGUCUGUGACCUCUGGGAAGCUGGAAUCUGUGGCCUCCGGGAAGCUGGAGUCUGUGACUUCUGAAAAACUGGAAUCUGUGGCCUCCGCUCAGGUGGAGUCUGUGGCCUCUGGGAAGGCGGAGUCUGUGGUCCCUGGGAAGCUGGAAUCCGUGAUCCCUGGGAAGCCGGAUUUUGUGGCCCCCGGGAAGGGAGAUUCUGUGACCUCCAAGAAUCAAGUCUCUGCAGCCUCUGGGAAACAGGAUUCCGCAGCCUCUGGGAAGCAGGAUUCUUUGGCCUCUGGGAAGGAGGAUUUUGUGGCCUCAGAGAAGAGAGAUUCUGCAGCCCCAGGGAAACAAGAAUCGGUGGCCUCUGGAAAAGUAGUUUCUGCAACCUCUGAGAAGCAAGACUCUGCAACCUCUGAGAAGCAAGACUCUGCAGCCUCUAGGAAGCAGGAUUCUACCUCCUCUGGGAAAAACGAUUCUGUGGCCUCUGCAAAGGCAGAUUCUGUGGCCUCCAGGAAAAGCGAUCCUGCAGCUCCCAGGAAGCAGGAUUCUGAAGCCUCUGAGAAGGAAGACCCCGCUGCCUCCGGGAAGGGAGACUUUGCUGCUCCUGGAAAGGGAGUUUCUGCAGCCUCUGGGAAGAGAGAUUCUGCAAACUUUGAGAAGAAAGAUUAUGUAGCUCCUGGGAAGCAGGAUUCUGCAGCCUUUGAGAAGGGAGAUUCUACAGAUUCUGGGAAGCAGGAUUCUGCGGCCUCUGGAAAGGUUGAUUCCACAGCUCCCAGGAAGCAGGAUUCUGCGGCCUCUGGAAAGGGAGAUUCCACAGCUCCCGGGAAGCAGGAUUCUGCGGCCUCUGGAAAGGGAGAUUCUACAGCUCCUGGGAAGCAGGAGUCUGCGGACUCUGGAAAGGGAGAUUCUACAGCUCCUGGGAAGCAGGAGUCUGCGGACUCUGGAAAGGGAGAUUCUACAGCUCCUGGGAAGCAGGAUUCCGCGGCCUCUGGGAAGCAGGAUUCUGCGGCCUCUGGAAAGGGAGAUUCCACAGCUCCCGGGAAGCAGGAUUCUGCAGCCUCUGGAAAGGGAGAUUCCACAGCUCCCGGGAAGCAGGAUUCCGCGGCCUCUGGAAAGAGAGAUUCCACAGCUCCCGGGAAGCAGGAUUCUGGGGCCUCUGGAAAGGGAGAUUCCACUGCUUCGGGGAAGCAGGAUUCUGCGGCCUCUGGAAAGGUUGAUUACACAGCUCCCAGGAAGCAGGAUUCUGCGGCCUCUGGAAAGGGAGAUUCCACAGCUCCGGAGAAGCAGGAUUCCGCGGCCUCUGGAAAGGGAGAUUCCACAGCUCCUGGGAAGCAGGAUUCUGCGGCCUCUGGAAAGGUUGAUUCCACAGCUCCCAGGAAGCAGGAUUCUGCAGCCUCUGGAAAGGGAGAUUCCACAGCUCCGGGGAAGCAGGAUUCCGCGGCCUCUGGAAAGGGAGAUUCCACAGCUCCGGGGAAGCAGGAUUCCGCGGCCUCUGGCAAGAGAGAUUCCACAGCUCCCGGGAAGCAGGAUUCUGCAGCCUCUGGAAAGGGAGAUUCCACAGCUCCAGGGAAGCAGGAUUCCGCAGCCUCUGGAAAGAGAGAUUCCACAGCUCCCGGGAAGCAGGAUUCUGGGGCCUCUGGAAAGGGAGAUUCCACUGCUCCCGGGAAGCAGGAUUCUGCGGCCUCUGGAAAGGUUGAUUCCACAGCUCCCAGGAAGCAGGAUUCUGCGGCUUCUGGAAAGGGAGAUUCCACAGCUCCGGGGAAGCAGGAUUCCGCGGCCUCUGGCAAGAGAGAUUCCACAGCUCCCGGGAAGCAGGAUUCUGCGGCCUCUGGAAAGGGAGAUUCCACAGCUCUCAGGAAGCAGGAUUCUGCGGCCUCUGGAAAGGGAGAUGCUACAGCUCCCGGGAAGCAGGAUUCUGGGGCCUCUGGAAAGGGAGAUUCCACAGCUCCCGGGAAGCAGGAUUCUGCGGCCUUCAGGAAGCGGGAUUCUGCAGGCUGUGGAAAUGGAGAUUCUGCGGCCCUUAGGAAGGGAGAUUCUGCAGUUCUCUGGAAGCAGGAUUCUGCGGCUCCUGGAAAGGGAGAUUCCGCAGCCUCCAGGAAAGGAGACUCUGUGGCCUCUGGAAAGACGGAUUCUGUGGCCCCCGGGAAGCAGGAUUCUUUGGCCUCUGCAAAAGCAGAUUUUGAGACCUUUGGGAAGCAGGAUUCUACGGCAUCUGGAAAGUUAGAUUCUGCAGCCUCUGGGAAGGGAGAUUCUGCAACCUCUGGGAAGCAGGAUUCUGCAGCCUCUGGAAAAGCAGGUUCUGUGGGCACUAGGAGGCAGGAUUCCGUGUCCUCUGGAAAGGCAGAUUCUGGGGCCUACGGGAAGCAGGAGUCUGUGGCCGCUGGGAAGGGAGAUUUUGUGGACACCAGGAAGCAGGAUUCUAUGGCCUCUGAGAAGGGAGAGACUGCGGCCCCCUGGAAGCAAGAUUUUAUGGCCUCUGAGAAGGGAGAGACUGCGGCCCCCCGGAAGCAAGAUUUUAUGGCCUCUGGGAAGCAGGAGUCUGUGACCCCUGAGAAGGGAAAUACUGUAGCCUCUCAGCAGUCAGAUUCUGCAUCUUCUGGGAAAUUGGAUUCCACAGCUUCUGAAAAGUUGGAUUCCACCUCCCCCCCAAAAUCUGAUUCCACAUCCUCCAAGAAAUCGGACUCCACCUCCUCCGGAAGGCCCGCUUCCACAUCGUCCAAGAAGUCGGAUUCCGCCUCCUCCGUGAAGUCCGGUCCCGCACCCUCUAGUACGUCCGCUUCCGCGGCUUCUGAAAAGUCCCAGUUCGAGCCCUCCGAGGGGUCGGAUUCCGCGCCCUUCAAGAAACCGGGGGAGGCUGACGCCGGGAAGCGGGACCCUGGGGCAUCAGCGAAGGCAGGCCCCGUACCCUUGGGGGCUGAGAUUCCAGGGGCCACCCCGAAGGAACCUCCUCUGGGCGCCGAGAAACCGAGCCUCAGGGGGGACCGUCAGGGGGGCGGCCGGGGCCUCGUCCCCGGGGCCGCCCAAGCGCCUCCCGCCGCCGUCGAGCCCGGGGGCGGCCGGGACCUGCCGUCGGGCCUCGAGAAGGCCGGGAGGCCGCCCCCCAUCCUCUCCGCCGCUAAGGGAGCAGGAGGGUCGGAGGCUCUUCCCGCCACCCAGCGGGCCUCCCGGCCGCCGGCGAGGUUGGGCCCAGGAGCGGGGGAGGCGCCCCCCGUCCGGGACGGAGACUCGGGGGGCCCGGGGAAGGCCGGCCCGGCCAACGGAGGACCCCAGGAGAGGGAGGCCGUCGGGGGCCCGUCCAGGACGGUGUCGGGCUUCACCAAGGCGCCCUCCCUGGAGGUGACGUCCCCGCAGCGGGACGCGGGGACCCAGGCGGGCACGCGGGCGGCCUGCGUGUCCGUGGCCGUGAGUCCCAUGACCCCCCAGGACGGGCCGGCCUUCAGCUUCCAGCCGGGCCGGGGGGGGCCGCCCGGGCCGUCCAGGGACGCGCAGCUGCAGGUGUCCGUGCCCGUGGAGACCCGGUCGGUGGCCAGCGGGCCCAUGACCCCCGUGACCCCGUCCCCUCCCCGGGCCUCCUAUCCCGAGGUGCGCGUGAGGGAGGUGGAGGCCCCGCCGGAGCCCGUGAGGGAGGUCAGCUGGGACGACAAGGGCAUGACUUGGGAGGUGUACGGGGCCUCCAUGGAGGUGGAAGUCCUGGGCCUGGCCAUCCAGAAGCACCUGGAGAGGCAGAUCGAAGAGCACGGCCGCCAGGGGGCGCCCGCCCCCCAGGACCCCCGCGCGGGCUCCGCCCAGCCCAAGCGGCCCCCCGGCGUCUUCCGCGCGCUGCUCCGGAGCAUGCGCAGGCCGCGCUGCUGCUCCCGGGCCGGGCCGGCGGCCGAGUGAGCGCCCCCGUCCCCGCCGCAGCCCCUCUUUACGACUACACAGAUGUCUUGUGGUUUCUCUCAGGCAAACACACCCCCCCCCCGCCCCCGGUGCGACCGUCCAAAGGGUCGAACCGCGUCCCCGCAGCUCACGCCCCGAGGGCGGUAGGGGGCGCUGUGGACCCCCGCCCCCCCGGCUCUCCGCAUAGCACAAUCACCCCCGGCGGGCCCUGCCGCCUAGCGGGGAGGGAGCGCCACUGCGGCCUCCGAGCUCCGGCCCCUUCCCGUGAUGCCCCGCGCGGGUGCCCCAUCUCCGGCCCCUUCCCGUGAUGCCCCGCGUGGAUGCCCUCUCUCCCCAUCUCCGGCUCCUUCCCGUGAUGCCCCGCGUGGAUGUCCCCUCUCCCCAUCUCCGGCCCCUUCCCGUGAUGCCCCGCGUGGAUGCCCCCUCACCCCGUCC